UACUGUGUGGUUAUAUAGGCGCGAUUAAAACGGUUUUACAAUCAUUUAAUAAUUUUACCGAGUACGACUGUUCUAUAGGUUGUAAUAAGCUAUCCUUAGAAAUGAUUGCUAGUACUGCAUUUUCCGUCAUAUUUUUAUUAGUAAUAAUUACUAAAACUAGUUCGAUGGAUUUAGCUGGCACUAAAAAGGUGUUGAUAAAACCUUUAUACGAUGUGCCUCACGUUGAAAAUCAAAAUUCUGCACCCAAAAUAACUGUGUCAAUAUACUACGAUAGUUUAUGCUUGGAUUCUGUAGAUUUAUUCAAAGAUCAAAUAGGACCAAGUUUAGCGAAAUUUCAAAAAUAUGUCAACUUUGAUUUCGUGCCUUUUGGAAAUGCCGACAAAAAAUUAUUUGAAGGAAAAUGGUUUUUCAAAUGUAAAAAGGGAUUGACUGAAUGUAUGAAAAAUAAAUGGCAAGCGUGUAGCAUUCAUGUAUUACCAUCCAAACUGCAAAUAUUGGCUAAUUAUUUGGUUUGUUACAUGAGUUCUACAAGUGAAAGACAUUCGGGAUAUCAAUGUACGAGAAAUAUGGGUUUAUACGAUGAAUAUUACGGCAAGAUUAAGAAAUGUUUUAUAAACAGAGAAUUGAGCGAUUCGUUAAUGGUUCAGUAUAACAAUCGGACACAGAGCGUUUUACCACGAUCGGCUCAAAUUCCUUCUGUUGUUAUUAAUGGGGUGUACAACGAAAAUGAACAAGACGAAGCAAAAUAUAACAUAGGAAACGUUAUUUGUAAAUAUUUACAUCCUAAGCCCGCUGGAAUAUGCUAACUAAUUGAAGAAAAACAACUUUAAACGAUAUGAUAUCCGUCCAGUAUAAAAAAGUAGUAAUAUAAUGCUAUAAGUGUUAUUAUUAACUAUAUUUUUUUGUAACUCAUAGUUUAUGGUUAAAAUAAUUACUUACGUUGUACUACUACUUUGUGAAAUGUAUAUUAUAAUUUGAUGUAUCAUCAUUUCAAAAUAAAAAUUUUAGUUAUAAUUAU